AUGAUGAUAACAACAUUUGCGCUACAAACGAUUCAAAACAAUAUCAAAAUCUCUUCUUUACAUUCGCCAACAUUAAAGGCUUCAUCGCAUGAAGGUUAUAUACCGGAGUCAGCACAAAUGGGUACCGCGGUUCGAGUUUCUCCUUCUGCAUUUUCAGAUUCACUUCAAAUAGACAUUUAUGAUGAUGACCUGAAACCUGGAAUGUCUCCAGUCAGUUAUGAAUAUAUAUUAACAGGACUAGGCUCGUCCAUAUUUGCUGUUGACCAGAGAGGUUAUGUCUACUUAAAUGUACCAUAUAUUGAUGCUGAUCCUCCGAAUCCAUCAACAUAUCAGCUUCAUAUAGAAGCUCGAGAAGUAAACACGACCCCAACUCGUAGUAGUGAACCAAUAUCAGUAAUAAUACACGUUAUGGAUAUCAACGAUAAUCCACCCCGCUUCAGUUCCUCUAUUUAUACUGCCAAUGUCAGUGCUAAUGGUACUAUUGAUCGCCCUGUCAUAAAGAUUCAUGCAACGGACAAUGAUACUGGCAAAAAUGCACAAAUAAGUUACCAUUUGGUGUCAAUAAGUGAUGGAGCGUACAAUAAUUUUUGGUAUGACAGUAAAGCGCAUCAAUUAAAUGCUGUUGGAAACUUGAAAGCUGGUGAACGAUAUGAAGUUAUACUGAGAGCAACUGAUGGUGGCGGCCUCUCAAAUCAAGCAUUAAUAAUUGUUUAUUCUGUACCUGAUAAUUUUCCAAAAGUAACAAUGCUUGACCAGAAAAAGGAAUCAUUCGGACGGAACCAGAUAGCCGGUCUAUCUAAUUUUUUAGUGGCCAAGUCAUCGAUUACAUCUACAUCUGAAAGUAUUGAUUCACCUGAAAUGAUCCAAACUUACGUUAUUGAAAUAAGCGAAGCAAUUCCACCUUACUCCAUUAUCAUUACACUUGGGGAUGAUUCAACGAAGGAACAAGUAUAUCACACGAUCACCGGUGGUAACGAAGAUAACAAAUUUGCUGUCAGAAACGAAAUUGGGGCUUUAAUUACGGUGAAGUCGUUUGAUAGAGAAGAAACGUCACUUUACACUUUAGAAAUCGAAACACGCUCUUUAAAGCUAAAUCAACACUUGCAUUGGACGAUUGUCCAGGUUGUUAUAGCGGAUAUCAACGAUAAUGCACCAAUAUUCACUGAUCCGCAGCCAGUGAGGUUGCGUGUUAAUAAAAGUGGUGUAGUCAAUUUUGCCCCAAAUACGUAUUUGGGGCAAGUGAACGUAGAAGAUCCAGAUGACGGUGAUAACGGACAUGUGGGACUCAGAAUAGCAUCUCCUAUGAAUAAAUUGUUUUCAAUAAAUGACAGCGGUGCUGUUAUGGUAAAUGGUGAUAUGUUAAGUGGACAUUUUGGUGAGCAUCGAAUGACUGUUAUUGCCACUGAUCACGGUGAUCCACCUCUUGAAACUCGAGUCAAUCUAAUCAUCAAUAUUGAAAAUACCGCACAAAGUGUGCUAUCAAAUUCCAUUCAGUUAUCAAAAGAAUCGAAUAGUUUGGAACGUACGAAUUUGAUGCUGAAUAGUACUGGUUCUGUGCAAAAUGUACAAUUCACAUUCGAUUCCUUUAUACCAGCAACCAUGCAAACAGCAGCAGAAAAUCCAACACUGCGACUUGCGCCUGUGUUCGAGCUGUCUGAGAUUGAAGUUAUUGUAGAAGAAAAUCAAGCAGACAUUGAACUCGUCAAGCUUCAUGCUUAUUAUAUGGAUGGUAAACCUGGAAGCAUCACAUAUAUCAUGCUUGCAGGAGAUUCAUCUCUUUUUAAUGUAAACAGUUUCACCGGAUCGCUCCUUUUGCUGCGCCCGUUAGAUGUGGAAAAAGAAAUGUCUUAUGAAAUUCAAGUUGGUACUGCCGAGGCGACUGUUUUGUUCACCGAGCAAAAUUUCCCAUAUACGGCCUUGGUUCAUGUGAAUGUUGUAGAUGUCAAUGACUGGAUACCAAACUUUGAGCUUGAUAGCUACCAAUUUAAAGUGAAUGCAGAUGCCAAACUCGGCACAGCUAUUGGCCAGAUUGUGGCAUACGAUCAAGAUAGAACCGCACCGAAUAACGAGAUUCGUUAUCGGAUCAAAGAAAGGGACACUAAUGAAUCAUACGUCAAUGUAGAUCCCAAAAGCGGUUUACUAACUGUCGAGAAAAACCUUCGUCUACUUGCAAAUAAAAAAAUUUCGUUAAAUAUAGAAGCAGCAGAUGACGGUACGCCGAAACGGUCUAACGAAACGCUUGUUUCAAUUGAUGUUGAACCUGUAGAAACUAUCACUACCAUUUUAACAAGAAUGCCAUCAACGUCUGAUGCAAUGUUUUCUAACAAUAAAUUGCAGUUCUCGCAACGGAAUUACUUCACUUCUAUAUCGGAAUCGAUUCGUUCGCCACAUCUGUUACUUGUUUUACCAGUACUGAACAAGUCAGCAAAUGAGCGUUUCACAACUUGUUCAAUCAUUUCUGGUGAUUACGGAGGAAUCUUUAGCAUUUCGACUAACUCCGAAGGUAACUGCGACCUUCGAAUGCAUGCGUUACUGGACCGAGAAACAGUGGACUCCUAUCAAUUAAACGUAAGCGUAAAAACAGAACAACAAGUAGACCAUGCAAUUGUCCAUGUAACUGUUCUUGAUACAUACGAUAAUGGUCCGAAAUUCAUUUAUAAUAACGAUGAAUACAAUGGAUAUUUUGCAGCUUUGUCCACUGAUGCCUCUUCAUUUGCAUUUCUCACCACCGUGCAGACUAAGAAUGUCGGUUUAAAAAACAACAGUGUUAUUGUAUAUUCGUUGGAUUCGUUUUCAAUGGACUCGAAAUACUUUAUGGUUGAUUUGAGCGGAAAAAUCCAGACAAAAAUGAGUGCAUCACAAAUGAUGAAAGAUAGUCAGAAAAAUUAUUUUAAUUUCCGAGUGAUCGCUUGUGACUCUUCUUAUACUGUAAAGAAACUGUGUUCCAAAGCGGAGAUAUUCGUGAAUAUAAUCAGUAAUUCAAACCGAUUCAUUCUAUCAGUUCUCAAUACCGAACCACAUCAUCUCAUAAUUGCUAAAAGGGAGAUUGCAAAAAUAUUGCGAGAAUUCACUGGUCCUUGUAAACUACUUCUCUUGGAAAGUAUAGAAGGCCGAACUAAUAUAAAGAAGCAGAAACACGUCGACAUGCGCUGGUAUGCUAUAAAUCCAACAACAAAAAGGAGUUGCGAAUUUGAUGAGUACAGCAAACUUUUCGAUAAUUCAACGAUAAGAAUGGUUGCUGAAAAACUAAAACAACGACUUAUUAUUGGUGAAAUCCGUAUUAACUUAAAAAAUGUGUUUAGCGAAAAUGCGUUGUUUUUAACAAAUUUCAAAACGGUUUCUGCUGCAAUAAUUGUACUAGCAGUGGCCAUAACAGUUGGAGCACUCCUUGGGAUAUGCGUAAUAUGUUUGUACUACAUGCGUCAUCGGGUGAAACGACAUUCAAAACAUGAAUAUCCAAACAUUAAUCAAAUUCCAAAAUUUGAUGCCAUAUUUCUACCCAAUCCACCAACCGGAAACACCCAUGAUAUGCUUUAUGAAUCUCAAAUGCUCGAAAUGCCAAUGGGAGAGGAAAACAGUAUGCUCAAACCAGUAGGAAAGAUAAACGGAAUAUCCGCUGCUGCAUACGGUUCCAACAGCUACGAUUUGGAUCUAAAGCAGAGUUAUCAGAAUUAUGCUCAAAACGCAUUGUCUGAUAAAAAAAUUUUCGUUGAAGAAAAAAUGUUUUCGGUCAGUGAACGAAGCGGGCUACAUCCGCAAAAGAACAAGAAGAUACAGGCAAUAGCGAUACCUACUCCAGAUUAUCCUAUGGAUCAAAAAAAAAGUGUUUGUUAG